AUGCUCGCGAAGCUCCGUAUAAGUAAGCUUCUCUCUUCUUCCUUACCUCGGAGAAUCUCUCAACAGCGGUUUCUUGCAACCCACAAUGCUGUCUCUACAUCCGAUGAGUCCCCCGAGUCUCCGGAGCUUCCGUCUUGGAUCAAAGACUUCCUCUCAAACAAACCUUCCUCUUCAAACGACGAAGACUUCUCCAUCCCUUCCUUAGCCAAUUGGGUCUCCACCCAGAAACUCGUCCUUGAAAAACCCUCAACGGGAAUCAAGAAACCAAUAGAGGACAUCGAUAAAGUCUCCGCCUUUCUCAACAACAAGGAAGAUAUCAUCAACGCCUUGAGUCAAUGCGACGUCGUUGUGUCAGAGACUCUGGUUCUCCAAGUUCUGAGACGAUUCAGCAACGGAUGGAACCAAGCUUACUCCUUUUUCACUUGGGCAAAAACGCAAACACCUUAUAGGCAUUCACCUCGUGCUUACAACGCUAUGGUCGACGUGUUGGGGAAGUGCAGGAACUUCGAUUUGAUGUGGGUAUUGGUGGACGAGAUGAAAUCAUCCGACCUCGUGACGCUAGAUACGAUGAGUAAAGUGAUGAGGAGGUUGGCUAAGUCAGGGAAGUAUAGUGAAGCUGUUGACGCGUUUAUGGACAUGGAGAGGAAGUAUGGUGUGGGGAGAGAUACUAAUGGUCUCAACAGUUUGAUGGAUGCGCUUGUGAAGGAGAAUAGUAUAGAGCAUGCUCAUGAAGUGUUUCUCAAGAUGUUUGAUUCUAUCAAGCCGGAUUCGAGGACGUUCAACAUUUUGAUUCAUGGGUUUUGUAAAGCUAAGAGGUUUGAUGAUGCUAGGACGGUGAUGGAUUUGAUGAAGGUUGCUGGGUUUGGUCUUGAUGUUGUUACGUACACUAGCUUUGUGGAGGGUUAUUGUAAGGAAGGGGAUUUUAGGAGAGUUGAUGAGGUCUUGGAGGAGAUGAGGGAGAGUGGGGUUAGACCUAACGUGGUGACUUAUACUAUUGUGAUGCAUUCUUUGGGUAAAGCUAGACAAGUGGGUGAAGCUUUGGGAGUGUAUGAGAAGAUGAAAGAAGAUGGGUGUGUUCCUGAUGCGAAGUUUUAUAGUUCUUUGAUACAUAUUUUGUCUAAGACUGGUAGGUUUAAGGAUGCAGCUGAGAUAUUCGAGGAUAUGACGAAACAAGGAGUUUCUCGCGAUGUUUUGGUGUACAAUACAAUGAUUUCAGCUGCGGUUCAUCACUCUCGAGAUGAGAUGGCUUUACGUUUGCUUAAAAGGAUGGUAGAGGAGGAGGAUGAGGAGGAGGAGGGAUUAUGUAGUCCAAACGUUGAGACUUAUGCUCCGUUGCUGAAGAUGUGUUGCCAGAAGAAGAAGAUGAAGCUGCUUGGAGUCUUGUUGCAUCACAUGGUGAGAAACGAUGUUAGUAUCGAUGUGGCAACAUAUAUUCUUCUCAUUAGAGGGUUGUGUAUGAGUGGGAAAGUUGAAGAAGCUUGCUUGUUCUUUGAGGAGGCGAUGCGGAAAGGAAUGGUUCCUAGAGAUAGUACUUGUAAAAUGUUGGUGGAGGAGCUUGAGAAGAAAGGUAUGGGAGAAGCAAAACUUAAGAUUCAGAGUUUGGUCCAAUCUCAAGCGAUGAGCAAGUCACAAAGUCCUUUACUUGUUGGGUAGAGUUUUAGGAGUUUUAAGCUAAUGGCUGAAAAGUUUUGUUUCUGUGGAAUGUUAAAUUCAUAUAAAAUUUGUUAGGUCUCAAGGCAUGUUUUUUUUUUCUUACUUUUUACUGAAAUGAAGUGAAAACAACAUUGUUUUGUACUGUUGGAUGUAGCAAAAUAAAUGGAUGUUAAAGUUUUG